AUGACCUUCACCCCAGACUUUGAAGCCACUAAUUUCCGGGACAGUGUAGGACACACUACACAGUCUAUCGUGACCUGCCUUCGAAACAACGAGCUGAAUACGAAGAAAAUCCAACUCCUCCUGUCAAAGUAUAGCCUGGAUGCACUACUUGACGGUCGGUUCAUUGGCACUGCACGGUCUGAUGGUCGCUGCGUUGACCAUGCGACCCAUUUACUCUUUGCCCACGUUGACUUUAUUGCGUGGCUGGUUUCGCAGAAUUACACCAUAACUGCGAGCUCAGUCAAAUGGUACAGCUGGAGAACAGUGUUGAACAGGCGCCGCUUUUAUUUAUCGCCGAAAUUUGCACAACCGCAGGAGAUAAUUGAAAGAAUCCGCGACACGGAAGAAGUUGUUUGGGCUGAAAUAGCCAUCUACCAAUAUCGUCUCAAGAUUACUACCGGCCUAGUUGGCUUCCAAAAUCCUACAUCGCUCUCUCCUGCUUCAGAGACUACUAUAUCCCUCGAAGGUAAUUCCCCACUUUCCAACGCCAUUCGAUUAUAUGAAUCGAGUGGUCUCAGUGGUACAGAAUUCUUUAAUGUACUUCGCAAAGGCUGGGAUACUGUCGAAUUUCUCUAUUGA